CCAAGUUAGACGAAUAAUCGACGGAGGAAUCAAUCCCAUUUGGCUUUAUGUUUUAAAUAUAGCCUGAAUUUUUCAAGUGCUUGUAAACAAGGUUAAUCCAAGAGAGUGAAGUCAGUAAGUUCUAAGGAGGAAGAAGAAUGGAAGCUGUGUGGUUGAUGAGUUGGGUUUUAGGAAUUGUGCCAUUACUGGGAUGGCUGCUGUGGUGGUGGAAUGAGCUGCGGUAUGCAGCUCCUCUCAAAUUAAAGUACUCCGGCACCGGCGCCAGGCUGCCACCUGGUCACAUGGGCUUCCCUUUUCUCGGAGAAAUGAUCACCUUUCUCUGGUACUUCAAGGUUCUUCGCCGCCCCGAUGAAUUCAUCAAUUCAAAACGCCGAAAGUACGGUGAUGGAGUAGGAAUGUACAGAACCCACCUCUUCGGAUCACCGUCCAUAAUAGCUUGCUUCCCGUCGAUCAACAAAUUUGUAUUUAAAUCAGAUGACUUGUUUUCACUCGAAUGGCCAAACGUUGACAUUGUGGGGCAUUUAUCUCUUGUGUCGGUCCAUGGAAAAGCCCAUGCAAGGCUCAGAAGCUACGUGUCAAAUGCUAUUAAUCGCCCUGAUGCCCUUAGGCGUAUCACCACUGUUGUGCAGCCCCGUAUGGUAGCUGCACUUCAGUCGUGGGCAGAGAAGGGUAGAUUGAAUUUGUAUGAUGAAGCAAAGAAGGUGACUUUCGAGAAUAUUGGAGAAUUAUUCGUAAGCUUUGAACCAGGACCUGUUUUAGAUUCAAUGGACAAAUUGUUUGAGGGUUUGAUUAAAGGCGUUAGAGCUCAGCCGUUCAACUUUCCAGGAACUGCUUAUCACCAUGCCAUUCAGCUGCAGUGUAGGAGGAAGCUGGAAACAAUUUUUAGGGUGGAGCUAGAGAAAAAGAAGAAGAAUGGAAAUGGAGAUGAGACAACAAAUGAUCUGAUGGAUGGGCUGAAGCAAAUUGAAGAUGAUGAAGGCAAAAAAUUAAGUGACCAAGAGGUUCUAGACAAUAUCAUCAGCCUUGUUGUUGCUGGAUAUGAAUCUACUUCUCUAGCAUCUAUGUGGGCUCUCUAUUAUCUAUCCAAGUACCCUAAUGUCCUUCAAAAGCUAAGGGAAGAGAAUAUGGCAAUACGCAAGAACAAGAAACGGGAUUUCAUUACCAGUGAAGACGUUUCUAAAUUGAAGUACACCAACAAGGCGGUGGAAGAAACAAUAAGAAUGGCCAACCUAGCAGCACUUGUCUUCCGAUUGGCUACGAAGGAAGUGGAAUUUGAAGGUUAUAAAAUACCAAAGAACUGGAAAGUAAUUCUGUGGGUUCGAUACCUGCAUACAGAUCCCGAAAACUUUGAUGACCCCAUGUGCUUCAAUCCUGAUAGAUGGAAUGAACCAGCAAGAUCGGGUACGUACCAGGUAUUUGGUGGUGGACCUAGAAUUUGUGCUGGUAAUAUGCUUGCUCGGUUACAAAUUGCGCUAUUGCUUCAUCAUCUGUCCGUUGGAUACAAGUGGGAACUUCUGAACCCAGAUGCAGAGAUUAUGUAUCUUUCACAUCCAAAACCAGUUGAUGGCGUUGAGAUCAACUUCAGUGAAAUAUAGUGCACUACUUCCAGUUUCUUCAUAACUGUUUAUAUAUGCAUAUAUAUAAGAGAAGAAGAAUACCUACUACUAUUAACAUAUUUUGCCUUUCCAUGUACUGUGUAUAGGGUGAGAAAAGCUGGGAAAAUGUUAAUCACUUUUCUUGUAAAGUAGUGUGAUUCCCUCAUCACUUCUUGAAAA